AUGCGAGACUCUCAGAGCCAGUGGGUGAGUGGGUUCCAUGCAUUCCAGGAUGGGAGAAGUGCGUUGCUCUCGGAAGUCUUGGCUCUCAAGACAGGCUUGCAGUUGGUGUGGAAUAAAGGCUACCGGAAUAUUGUGUGCAAUACGGAUUGUCGUGAGCUGCUGGUGUCCUUGGAAGAUGAGGAAAUUCGUCGGUUCUUUCCCAUCUUGAAGGAGAUUAGAGCUAUUCUCCGCCGUCAAUGGAAGGUUGCGCUUACUGGAUUCAGUAAGGAGAGUUAUGAGAAAGCAACGAGUGAAGAAAUUGUGACUGAUGAUCGUGUUCCGUUUCCUCACUAUCCUGGCAUGCAGGAAAUUACUCUCAUACCCUUCAGGAGACAUCAUUUGAAGAAACAUCGCAGAAAGAUGACAAGAGGACAACUCACCCACAAGGAGAAAAGUCAACAUGAAGAGGAAAAGACAAGUCAACGUUCAACCUAG